UUUAAUACCCAUUCACGUUCUUCUCUUCAUCUGUUCUCAUUAAACAAAUCCUCUAAUUUGCAUUCGAUUUCCAUGGCUUACUCUUCAAUCACAACCACUUUUUCACGCCUCUCCCUUCUCCGCUUCGCCUCAAAAUCAUCAUCAUUUUCUUCUUCUUUUCCUUCUCUCCCAUUCCUCGACGCAAACUCAAGCCCAAAGGUUUUGAAUCGAUUCCGAGUCUUCUCAAUGGCCUCCGAACCCAAAGAAUUGCCGGCCAAUAACCCAGGACUCCACACUACUCCAGAUGAAGCCACCAAGGGUUACUUCAUGCAACAAACAAUGUUUCGAAUUAAAGAUCCGAAAGUCAGUCUUGACUUCUAUUCUCGUGUUCUGGGCAUGUCGUUACUAAAGAGGCUGGACUUUCCGGAAAUGAAGUUUAGUUUGUACUUUUUGGGCUAUGAGGACCCUGCAUCAGCUCCAGCUAAUGCUGUUGAUAGAACAGUUUGGACCUUUGGUCAGAAGGCUACUAUUGAGUUAACACAUAAUUGGGGUACUGAAAGCGAUCCAGAAUUCAAAGGAUACCACAAUGGGAAUUCCGAUCCUCGUGGCUUCGGACAUAUUGGCAUCACCGUUGAUGACACAUACAAGGCAUGUGAGAGGUUUGAACGGCUAGGGGUGGAAUUUGUAAAAAAGCCAGACGAUGGGAAAUUGAAAGGAAUAGCAUUUAUCAAGGAUCCUGAUGGCUACUGGAUUGAGAUUUUUGAUCUUAAAACUAUUGGACAAAUCACUGCUAGUGCUUCUUAAGUCAUCUAUUCCCACCAAAUCUUCUAUGCAGGGAAUAGGAUAUGGCACUCGUAAAAACAAAUAUGUAUCAUGCUUCAUCUGUUGCUGAUACGCAGCAGACACUGAUCUGAGGGCUUUGGAUUGUGUUUUGACACUUUUUACUUCAAUGCACCACCACCACUACUACUACUACUAGUAGCCUAUUGCCUAUUGAGAUGACUGUUUUGUGAGCUUGAGCAAGUAACCUUAGAUUUUAUAUUCACAGAAAAUCUUUUGUCAACUUUUCUUCACUUGGACCGUGCAUGUUUCUUAAAUAGAAACUUGGUGGGCUAUCUUCUCUGACGCUUCAAAUGUGAUCUGAUUAUGGUUAUUGCUAACUGGUUUAAGGAAAGACAGGGAACAAACAACACUCGCUUGGGAAACGUAGGCCUGCCUUGGGUCUCUCUUGAGGAUUCAUUUCUUUGUAAAAAAUUCUGUCUCUUAACAAAUGUGAAUCCAUAUCUCAUGUGAGCAGUGAGGUUUUAACCCAUGGGAUAAAUAGAAUGCCUCAUUUUCAUUUUA